GCUGCGAGUCGCACCGGAGCGCUGAGAGUUUUUACAUGGUUUAAAAAAAAAAAAAAAAAAAAAAUACACCGGCAUGGAAAGAUUGGCGAGUGGAUACAGACGCAGCGAGCGGACUGCGGAGCGGGUCUGAUCUGGUCACGGCACUUUUUUGCGCACGGCAUCCGAGCACAAAAAAAAAAUAAAAAAAAACAGCUGCAAAACGAGACGUGGGGACGUAUUAUAAGUCGCUGGCCACACACAGCAUGCCCGAGUUGGACUAAAGAGCCUACGCUGCCGGAGCGCAACACGCACGCACAAAAGCGCACAAACAGAGCCCCGAGGAAUAUUUACAAUAGAAACUCAAAUCCGCAGAAGAAUAGCAGAGGGAGGAGGAGGAGUGAAAGAUAACACUGGAAUGAAGUGGACCUCGGGAUUCCCGGCGUGCUGCGGAGUUGUGACUGAUGGAUGAAUGUGGUCAUCUGUAGGCUAUAUACAGCGACAGGUACAGACGCACACACCGUCAAGGCAGAUCUGACAAAGACGCAGCGCAUCGCACCCGCCAGACGCAUCUCCGAUACGCAGUCUGAUCAGAUUGAGAUUUUUUUUUUUUUUUUUUUUUUUUUUAACACAUCCAGUGAAGGUCGAGAAAAAGGCCGGUGUGUUUGUGUCUCAGCCACAGGUCAACCAGGACACUCGGGGUGCUGCUCUGCCGGGGGGGCUACUACCACUACCACCACUAUACUACUAUACCACUGCUGAUCGGUCUUCUGUUUCUGCGUCUUCGCACGUCCUGUAGGACAGUUCAGCCAAGGACACGGGGUCUGGAGCAGAUUUUUUCAGAAGUCGGACAGAGGGACAUGUAUCUGAUAUCGACCUCACAUGCUCCCGACUGAUCGAAGCUCACCUUCCCACCGGGCGAACCUCAGAUAAAGGCAGCCAAAGGCGCACCGUGUGUCCGACGCUCUGAGUUCUCGGCUCCACUGUCUGUACAUUUUUCUCAGAAUGGCGGGACUCGGCUGUUGGAAGUAUUACCUCUGGAUUUUUAUUUUAAUGUGUAGGUCGGCGUUACCUUCAGCAAAAUCGCUGGAGACUAUAAUUUGGAGCUCGCAGAAUCCCAAAUUUGUAGCUGGAAAGGGCCUGGUGAUCUACCCAGACAUCGGGGAUAAACUGGAUAUCAUCUGUCCUAAAGCGGACCAAGGCAGAGAGUAUGAGUACUACAAGCUGUAUCUGGUGAAGCGGGAGCAGGCGGAGAGCUGCAGUACAGUCCUUGAUCCUAAUGUCCUUGUUAACUGUAACAAGCCAGAAAAGGACAUCAAGUUCACCAUCAAAUUCCAGGAGUUCAGCCCCAACUACAUGGGCUUGGAGUUUAAGAGGAAUGUCAACUAUUACAUCACCUCUACCUCCAACGGUACGGUCGAGGGCCUGGAGAACCGGGAGGGAGGCGUGUGCAAGAGCCGAGCCAUGAAAGUCAUCAUGAAAGUCGGGCAAGUCCCGAACGCAAACCCUGCGCCGCCGGAGAGUCCAAAGUCAGACUCGGAAGACAACGCCAUACCAGAGUCCAGCCCCAGUCCAUCUGACCAGGGUCGGAUUGGGCCAGAGGUGCCAGGAAGCCAUGACCACGCCAUGAAUCAGGACCAGUCGAAUACGUCUUCAACUUCGGACGGCAUCCUUAGCUCCAAAGUGGCCGUGUUCUCCGCCAUCGGAGCCGGCUGCAUCAUCUUCCUCCUGCUCAUCCUCCUUCUCGUCAUCCUCCUCAUCAAGAUGCGCAAACGUGCCAGGAAAAACUCCCACUCGCAGCCCCGCCCCUCCGCACUGUCACUCAGCACGCUGUCCAAUCCCAAGCUUCCCGGGGGCACGGCUGGCACGGAGCCCAGUGACAUCAUCAUUCCGCUGCGGACAGAGAACAACUACUGCCCUCACUAUGAGAAGGUGAGCGGCGACUAUGGCCACCCCGUCUACAUAGUCCAGGAGAUGCCGCCUCAGAGCCCCGCCAACAUCUACUACAAAGUUUGACGUGUUCCACGCGACGGAGACGGGAGAGAGAAAGAGGGGAGCGCUUGAUUUAUGUUCACGGGAAGAACACUUUCCUUUGCAUUUUGGGGACUUGAUGUUUCCUCAAGCCCGUGUUAUUUCUACCACCUGCUGCACAAAUCUGGAGAGACACGCACUGACCAGUAACCAGCGGGAUCGCGAGCUGACUGAGAGACGUUUAUUCUGUUUGUUUGGGUUGUUUGAAAAUCCCCAGCCCCCCCUCCGCCUCCUCCUCCUCCUCACCUGCCACUCUUUUACGUGUCCCUGCGGUGCUCCGAUAGGGGAGUUGUUGUUGAAGGGGGUGGGGACGGGACAGCAGAUGGAACUCGUGGUUUGCAGGCAGGAUACAACUUAUCUCAGUUCCCUGAAGUCCAGUCUGUGCUACACCCAAUUAAACACACCAUCCCUAGCACACUAGUCAGGAAAACAGGCAGACACAGGUCCCGAACGCCACUCAGCCUGCAGUUUGUUUGCAAGCCUAAAAAGAAGUAGUGUGUAUGUGUGUGUGUGUGUGUGUGUGUGUGUGUGUGUGUGUGUGCGUGUCUGUGUGCAUGUGUGUGCGUGUCUUCUAGUCAGGGCUCCAUGCUGGGCCAGAAAACUCUCCAGAUAGCUCAGGUAUCAGACACAGUGUGUGAAAUAAUGUGUUCCUCUCCCUUCGCACCUCUGAUGUUUGCCUUACUUACUAUUUUUGAUGGAGGAUUUCCUCGACCCUGAUUCAGUUCACAAAGCAGUUGUAUUUUGUUAGACUUUUCCUACAAGUGCACAAUGUAUAGAGUUGAAUUGUUGAUCAUUAGUACUUCAUCCUGUCACAACCCAUGUCAUCUAUUUUUUUUUUUUUUUUUUCAUCCCUACAAAACCUGGACUAUUAAUGUUAAGGUGUACGGUGUGUGUAGGUGUGUGUGUGUUUCAGUGAACGCUCCCUUCUCCACUGGUCUGAUAUUAGCUUUACCAUUACUCUGGUAUUUAUGACCUGCUUGUGCAUAUUUGGAGGUGUGUCCUCUGUGUGUGUGUGUGUGUGUGUGUGUAUGGACAUGUCCAGGCCAGUUCUGUAUCUGGGCAGUUUUGUUUUUUUGCUUUGUUUUUUUUGGCUUAAUGUAGAAGUUACUGUAUCUAACGCUCCAAAAACAAGUCAGACAGAGUGACGCGCCGACACACAGACAUGCCCAAGAUCUUAACAAAACCCUUUCUGUGCUCUACUUGGCACUGAUUGAAGGUUUUAUUGUGUCUGAUGAGGUUUCGGGGGAAUGGUUUUUUAAGACAGCAGGCGUGUUGAAAUGUGUUUGUUCUAGCUUCUGCUGCUACAGUGUAAACAUCAAACAGUUAGUUUAGUGCCUGCUGCGUGGGCUAGGUGGGCGUAGGUUGAAUGUUUGGCACUGGUUGGCCAACCUACAUACUGUAGGUAGGAUGCCUUGUAUAUAUAAGUUGGUUUUGGAGCCACGGAUGAACACACUGGGAUACAGUACUGUCAGAUGCCAAUUGGCUGCCAUCUGUAGAUGACUCAGUGGAGUGCACAGUCAGUGGUGUCACCAGCAUGUGACUAAUCUUUGUGCCAUCGCUGUGCCCACACUCAGCAGGCGAGAGCGAGAUAAAGGAGAAAGGAGAAAAUGUUCCUGUGACUUGGCUUUAACCUGAGAGGAAGACGGCAGUGGGGACGGGAUCAGGGGGCUGAGGGGGCGGUGGGCGAGGUGAGGUCGAGGGGUUGCGGGUAUUUUAGCAUUCGUUUUUUUUUUUUUUUUUCCCAUCCUCCCACCAGUUGUGCUGUGAAUAAAAAUGCUGUGCAGAAUAUUUCACAGUCAAGGUGUUCAGCCAGCGAGGACACUGCAGUUCAGCUAUCACACAGCCCAGGGCAGCGACACCGAGACAGGAUUUACUGCAGCUAGAUGUGUGCACGUGUGCACAGUGAAGCACCCAAAUGGUAGCGACGAGGGCUGGUGGAGGGACGGUGGGGGGUGCAUGGAUCUAUCUAUGUGCACAUGUUCUAUGUGUGAGUGCUUAUUUGUGCUUAUAUUUGCAGUUUUUCCUCUUUCCUAAGGUGUGUGUGUGUAUGUGAGAGAGAAAGAGUAUGCUUCUGUGGUCUAGCAGCUGAACAGACUUGUUUCGGGGACUGGAACUAGGUGCUCCAAAACAGUGUGGCUGCCAAAGUACGGAGCUCCGCAGUCCCAGUUAAUGAUGUGUGUGAGAGGGGAAGGGGGAGCAGAUAAGGACAGCUAUUCCUCAGCACCCAGUCAUGAGCUGACGUUUGACGCACAUAUGCACAAGCACACACACACAUGCACGCACAGACGAACACACCGAGACUGACGGGUCCAGGUUUAUCUCCAGUCAAACGGUCAGACUGCCAUUUAAUGUUUAUUCACCGGCAGAGGCACCUAUCAUCCGCUGCCACAUACUAUCGCCAUCCACGGAUAUCCACUGCUGAGUUAAAAGGCAGCCCAGCUUGAAGACUUGGGGAAGAGUCCAAUGGCUUUUGCGUGUCGUUAACCUCAGAGUUAACAACCUAAGCAGCUGCUUGUGCUUUUGUGGUCCUGUGUUUUAACUCAGCAUGCAGCCCUCAGUGGCCCUCUGUGAAACACAUCUACAUCAAAUAUUUUUGUUUCGGAUCAGUGCGCAUCCAUUCACCUACACCAGCCAAGGGACUCAUUACCAAAUUACCACAAACCAUGUCUCAUUUUCAUUCAUUUUAGUGACCACUUAAUGUUAUUCAAAUUUGAAGAGAGAGAGAGAAAAAAAAAAAUUAAAAGGAGAUAACGGAGAAAUGUAAAUAUAUGGAUAGAGCCCAAUUUAAGAUGUAAUUUCACCAGAACACUGCUCAUAAGAAAAAUUUAAGAUUAGAUUUUUGUAAUGGAGGAUGUUUGUAAAUAGCUGUCUUUUUAAAGUGUGUUUUGUAUGAAUCCUUGCAUUUUUGUCUCUGUUUGCAAUAUGUUUUUCUUUUCUUUUUCUUUUAGAGUUAAACUGAAUAUUGCAACGGACACAUGAGCUGUCUUUUUUUGCAGCGUCCAGUAUUGUCAGAAGUCUUUGUUACCACAUGUGUUAAAUAAUUAAAAGAGGAAAAACUGGGGGCUCAGAGUUUUUACAUCACCAUUCAACAGGAUUGCUCCGAAAAAUCUGUUCAGGACUAAGAAGAAAGAAAAAAAAAAAAAAAAGCUUUUGUCAUCGAGCGCCUUUUUUUUUUGAAAUGGGAUAGGUCAUUGAAACGAUGAAUGAUAAGGCUCCAUCCCUGUUGGAGACAGCACUUAACUCUGCGUAUGAAGACUGUGUUAUUCCACUGCCUUUUGAGUUACCCACACCUUCCACUCCAUUAUGAGAUGUAACGAAAACAUUUGGUUGAGAAAAAUGAAUCUUUUCUGGGUUUUAAUAACUGUAUCAGGCCAGACAGAGA